AUGCAGCCCGCAAGGCGUUCUAGGCAGCGCGACAUUCGAGAUAUGGUGGAUACCGUGGCGCGCUCACGGCUAGAUUACCUGUGGGCGGCAGUUGUGGCGGAGAAUGACCUCGCCUUCAAUGUAUCCAAGUCGAAGGCGCUGCAAGCCUUCGUUGACGUGGCCGUCGCCUUCGCGAAGCCGUACACACUCCCCACCCCUUAUAAGGUGUCCGCCCCCCUCCUCGAAAGGCUACGGGCCGACUCCGAGGACCUUGUGCGGCUGAUUAAGGAGUCAUGGAAGACGUCCGGGUGCAGUCUCUCGGUGGACGGGUGGACGUGCCUCAAGUCCCGCCGGAUGGUGUGCGUCAUCGCCCACAACGACACCGCGCCCGUGAUUGUCGACAUCGUGGACUCAAAAACCGCCAAGAAAACAGGGGACUACCUCGCUGGUCUCAUCGAAUCCGCGAUCCUCAGUGUGGGGAAGAACCUUGUAGUCCAGGUCGUAAUGGACAACGCCUCGAACAACCGAGCCGCGGCUAAGAAGCUUGAGGUCGACUUUCCCCAGGUUUUUUUCACCAACUGCGCGGCCCACUGCUUGGACCUCAUGCUUCACGACCUAGGCAACAUUAUGGCCGUCAAGCGCGUUUUGGAGCAAGUUCACCGGGUCGUCAUGAUGAUCAAGGGGAGCGCCUCCGCCGUCGUGCUUUUCCGCGAACUUUUCACCAAGCUUGCCUUGGUGCGGCCGGGUGCGACGCGUUUCGGAACCCAAGUCAUCAUGCUGCGCCGAUUCCUGGAGGUGAAGAAAGCUCUCCGUGCCAUGGUCAUCAACGAGGAAUGGGAAGUGGUGCCGGUGGCGCGACAGCCUGAGGGGCAGGAGGUGCGGAGGCUUCUACUGGAUGACGUAUUUUGGGAGUGUGCUACGGCGGUUCUCAACCUCCUCACGCCGGUUUAUGAAGUGCUGCGGGUUGUUGACACGCGGGCACAAAUCAUGGGCCAGGUCUAUGGCCUCAUGAUUUAUGUCUCAAUCAAAACGAGGGUAGCUGCCGAGGCUGCUGCCUCUGUUUUUGUCAAGAAGACGGGCCUGCUUCCGGCUAAGGACAAGAACACAUUCCUAGCUGCCAUCAAGACCGUCCUUGCGAAGAGAUGGGAUGGCCAGCUCCAUAACGCCCUGCAUGCCAUUGGAUGGCUCCUCAAUCCCCGCAACCAAUACGCGGGGGAGGUGAGAAAUGAUCCAGAGAUAAGGAAAGGGACCGAAGAAGUGAUUCAGGCCCGUGGGGGGGAUGUGGCUGAGCGCAUCAAGCUGUUUGCACAGCUCGCGCAGUAUCACAAGGGUGAGGGCCGCCUUGGAUCGGACGACGCUCGAUGGGCAGCCAGGAACCUGGUGGAGGGGGGGCGCAUGACGGAUGCGGAGUGGUGGGGGAUUUUCGGAGGGCAGUGCCGUCCCGAGGGCAGUAUCGUCCCUCCGGCAGCAGUGGAAGAAGAGGGAGGGGUUGCUGAAGAGGAGGGAGCCGAGGUGGAGUGCACCAUCGACUGGAACGAAUUUGGGAGCAUCGGUAAGAAGAAGAAGAAGAAGAAGAAGAAGAAGAAGAAGAAGAAGAAGAAGAAGAAGAAGAAGAAGAAGAAGAAGAAGAAGAAGAAGAAGAAGAAGAAGAAGAAGAAGAAGAAGAAGAAGAAGAAGAAGAAGAAGAAGAAGAAGAAGAAGAAGAAGCGGGCGGGUGAGUGCUCCAAGAGGAAGAGGAAGGAGAAGGGGAAAAGUGCAUGCAUGCGGAAGGCGAAAGGAAAGCGUGCAGAGGAGGAGGAGGAGGAGGAGGAGGAGGAGGAGGAGGAGGAGGAGGAUGAAGAGGCAGAAAGCAGUGGGCAGGAAGAAGCACCCUCCAAGCAUGCUAAGGGUGUCCAGCCCUGGGACCGCAGUGAUGGUGAGAGUGGGGAGGAGGAGGAGGAGGAGGAGGAGGAGGAGGAGGAGGAAGAGGAGGAUGAGGAGGAGGAGGAGGAGGAGGAGGAGGAGGAGGAGGAGGAGGAGGAGGAGGAGGGGUAG